GGAGGGAACGGCCACGAUUCCGUCUCGCUCCUGCUUCGACGCUCUGGGAUCGGCAUGAGCCGGAACUUGGACCCAGGGAUGCCUCCGAGGACAACACCACCCUCGCACGACCCCAUUCCCCCUUCCAUCGAUUUAUUGCUACGACCUCUGCUUGCCCCCGCUCCUCUCCGAAGCAGCAGCAGCAUUUCUCUUCAUCUUCUUCUUCCUCCUCCUCCUCCUCCUCCGCAGCAGCCAUGGCAGCUCUUGCACGCCUUCGUGCCCCCACUCUCCUCCGCUGGGUGCGAAGCGCGAGCGCAGAUGGUUCCAUUUUCAUCCGGUCAAUGAAUGCUGCCGCCGGCAAGCCAGCUGCUGAAGCCGGAGAUGAUGUUGUGAAGGCGGUGUUCCAACGGCAGCAGAAGAAUUUCAGAGCUUAUUUGGACGAGAUUUCGAAGUCGAAGUUGGACCUGGACGCCAAUAGUGAAGCUGCUGUGAAGGCCUACUUCGACACUCAGGUUAAAAUCAGGACUGGCCUUGGUAUUCCCUCGUACACCCAAAAGAUUUCUGAACUUUUGGAAGGAGCUGCUGAAGAGGCACCUGAUGUCCGUACAUUCUUGAACAUCCACAGCAGCCUGCGCCGCGAGGUUGGAAUUGAAGAUGAUUCGGGGGCUGAUGCUUUGAUGUUGGAGGCUCUGGAUAAGGUGGAAAAGAGCAUUGGUAAAACCCUCGUGAAAGAUGAUGCCAACGGCAUGUCUGCUUGGAAGAAAGAACUUGAUCAGGUCAACCAAAAGCUUGGGAUUGAUGAUGCUAUGCUGGAGAAGUUGGAGGAGGAAGCUGAAUACGCAGCAGCCAAGGCCGAGUUGGAGGAAUUGCGAAACACAGCAAUGGAUAGGAUUGACACCUAUAAGCGCAGGGACGAAUUGACCAUUGAGGUUGACCCAAAGGAGCUUGACCACCGCAACUAUCUCUGAAGAAUCGUAGCAAUCUUUUUGCUGGGCUUUAAGUCUGGUAACGUCGAAAUCUUGGCUAAAAGAACAUCCUGUUUCAAUCAGUUUUUAUGGCAUUGUUGCCCAAUUGUUGAGUGCACCUUGGUGCCCAGUUUUAUUGGUGAGGAAACUAUCAUGAGAGAAUGGGAAGGCCUGUAGAUAUGGCCACGUAUCUAUGGUGGUGUGAACUACAGUUGCGAAGGUCUUUUCCGAUACGUUGUCACAACCAAUAACGUGUCAUUUUUACUGGAUAGACUACCCACGAGGUAUGAGAACUUCAAAUAACAGAUUCUUCUUUUGGGAUUCGUCUUUCACCCUUUUCUAA